UAUAAAUUUAUUUCUUUUUUGUUCAGAGAGAGAGAGAGAGAGAGAGACGAGGCAUUGCAGAGGGAAGCUAAAAAAGCAACUGCAAACAAAUCAGAAGGAGAGGGAUGGGUUUGGGAGAGAGAGAGAAAGAGAAUUAAAUUUUUAACAAGAGAGAGACAGACACUGUCUAUGGCGGCGUUGCAGAGAAGAGAAACAACAGCAACGAAAACACCACCACCACCACCACCACCGCAGAAGCAGCAGCAGCAGCAGCAGUAGCAGUAGCAGCAGUGACAACAACAACAACAACAACAGCUGUAAUUCUGUGUUUUAGAAUUAAAUGACACACGCAGAGUAGAGACUAUACUGUCUUAGCAAGCAGCAAAGAAAGGAAAAAACUAAAGAAAACAUAUGAAAGAAUUUAGUAUAGCCACUCGCUAUUAGCUGCUGCAAAGCAAUUACCUUCUCAAGAACCCACCACUGUAGUGUGUACCAACAACUACUGAACUAACAACACCCCAAGAAGAAGAAGAAGAAGAAAGAAUUCAAUUCAAGAAAGUAAUAUUCUGGUCUGGGCUUUAAUGGAUUUGGGGUUACAAUUAAGGAUUGGGACAGGUUUACAGGAGGAAAAAUGGCUGGCCUGUUCUCAUUAGGUGGAGGAGGAGGAAGAGGAAGUAACCAAGAAGACGACCAACAACAUAAUAACAAUCCACCACCACCACCAACUGAAAUUCCACAAGAAAGCUGGUUUUGGUACAAAAAUGAAGAUGUACCUUACAAGGGUUUUGAGCUAUGGCAGCAGCAGCAGCAGCAACAACAAGAAUUUUUCCGUCACCAAAGUUUACAACAACAACAACAAGAUCUUUACUCUUCAGCUGCUGGGUUAGGAGUAGGACCCAGUAGAAGCUCAAUCAACUUUUCUGAUGAGUCAUCUUCAAGAUCAGCCUUUAUGAUGAUGAGGUCAAGCAGUGGUGGUAGUAGCAUGAGUUGUCAAGAUUGUGGCAAUCAAGCAAAGAAAGACUGUGUACACAUGCGGUGUAGAACUUGCUGCAAGAGCCGAGGAUUUGACUGCCAAACCCAUGUUAAAAGCACUUGGGUUCCUGCUUCUAAACGCCGAGAAAGACAACAACAACUAGUUGCUAUACAACAACAACAACACCAGCAACAGCAGCAGCAGCAGCAACAACAACAACAGAAUCCUAAAAGACUAAGAGAGAAUCCCACUUCUUCUUCUCUCGCCUGCACUCCUGCUACUAACACUCGCUUGCCCAACAACUCAUCAGGGUUAGAACUGGGUAAUUUCCCAUCAGAAGUAAGCUCUCCUGCUGUUUUUCGCUGUGUGAAAGUGAGUGGCAUUGAUGAAAAUGAUGACCAAUAUGCAUAUCAAACAGCUGUUAACAUUGGUGGUCAUGUUUUCAAAGGAAUUCUUUAUGAUCAUGGCCCUGAAAGCACUUAUAUGCCAGCCGCUGAAACCUCCUCCGGUGGUGGUAGUGGUGGUGGACUUCAACCCCUUAACUUGAUCACAGCCACCGCAUCAGCUGCAAUCUCUCCUGGUGGUGGUGGCGGUGGAGUAACGUCUGCUUCAUCUGGUGCAGCAGUAGGAUUUUUAGAUCCUUCCUCUCUAUACCCAACUCCACUCAAUACCUUCAUGGCUGCAGAGACAUACUUUGUGGAAAAGUCUGGCCUGCUGUUUCUGUCAUCAGAAAGAAGAAUCCUACAUGAUGUUUUCAGCAGAGAAAAUAAUCCUAAUUCCAUGAAGGACAUUUCCAUUUUGGGGAAAGUAAUGAGCUGGGGAUUGGAUUUGGUCCUACUGAUUAGCUUAAGACUUUAUGUGAACUUGUCAACUUCUACAAGAACUAAUUUUGCUACUAUGGAUUCUUUAUGAAGCUUUCAUGAUUUUGAUGUGUUGCUUCUUUAAGGUUUAAAAGUUUGUUUAUGAUUGUGUUUUAGAGAAUAAAACAUAAUUAUAGUGUCUGAAAGUCAGCUGUGAGUUAACUCUAAUUAGUUCAAUUUCAAUGUUUAUAUGAAUUAAUAAGCAUCUGCUGCAUUAUGCUUUUCCCUAUUUUGGUAAGAUUCUGAGAUCUCUUAAAAUAUAACACUCUUCUAAAUCAUGUCCGAAAAUUUAGUAAAAGUCCAUCACGUGUCCCCAUUGUUAAAAAAAAUAAGUAUAUUGUUGGUCUGCCACAUGAUACAUGAGAGGGAAACAAUAGGAAAGCUUAGAAAUAAUUAAUGAAUGCAGUACAACAUAAUAGACUUGUAUCCAUGUGAGCACCUAUUAGAAAUCUUGCAAUGUAAAUAAAGCUUGGUUAACCAUGUUUCAUUCAUUUUGGAGACUUUUUUUUCAGAGUAAUGACAAAGAAACCAUAAAUAUGGUGGAUCUUGGCUUUGGAUAUCUUCAUGUGCAUAAAUUUUUCAGCAUAUUUUUUGAAGAAAUCUAGGGCCUACAACAGUAUGCAGUCAUUCCAUUGUUUUCAUGCUUGCAUUAUACUAUUCUCUAGUUUGAUGUUUUCUUGUUCUCGUAUACUAAUUUGGGAAUCUUGGUCUCUUUUCUUGUUCUUGCAUACUAUUCCCCAGCCUGAUGUUUCCAGCAUGCACACUUCUUCCUGUAACAGAUAUGGCUUUCACUUUGAAGGUUGAGCAUAAUGCUUAUGAUAAUUUUCAUUUUCUGAGCGAAUGCUGUUGAGUCUAUGCAGGAAGUGUCAUGCACUUUCACAAGGAAUAGAUAUGAAAGACCAAGUCUUUUGAAAGGAAAGCCUAAAUCUCUGAGUUUCAAAUUGAAUGUCUUAGAUUAAGCUCUUCUGGUUCAAUUUUUGGUUUAAUGCAUUUAUAAGCAUAUGGACAUGAAUUUUCUACUACAUGCACAAUCAUGAAAGCACAAUUCUGUUUGGAAACUCUAAAAAUGCAAGAACUUGAUUCAAUCGAACUCUUUUUAGUGAAUUUUCAUGUUCGGAAUGCUUAGCUAUUUGAACUUUAAAGAAAAAGAAAAAACAAAAGACAAUUUGCAAGAAAUGAGAUCAUGGCAUUCAAUUGAAUUCUUGCACAUGUUCUUUUCUUGUUCCAAACAAGGACAUACACAUGCAAGAUUGAAGAAUAUAUAGUAUGCUUUUGUAAGCUUUGAAUUUCAAAGUAAUCAUUAGGUUUAUGAAUGCAUAUCUUCUGCAAGUCAUUUUGAUACCUAGUUCAAAAUUUUUUUGUACUGUUUGUAUUUAAGCUCCCCUAUCUGCAAUCUGUAUGUCUCUUAUGCAACCAUUCAAACAAGACUCACCUCUUUUAUUCUUAUUUUUGUUUUAAGUGAUUGAUGAUUUAAUUUCAUUAACAAAUUAAUUCAGCCAUUGCUUUAAAUUACUUUAUCUGUGGAGCUCAAUGCUGUGAUAUAUAAUUAGUAUACUGGCUUAUUUUGUAUAGCUAAGCUAAUCUGUUCCUUCUUUUUUUUUUUUUUUUUCUCAUUAUUAUUUCCUAGUUUAAGAAGAUUGUGGGUAGUUGUUUCAUUUGUAGCAUCUAUGGUUUGAGCAGAAGUAGCAGCAACAUAGUAGUACAAGCUGGAAUUGGAACCUAAUAUAGUAAAGGCAAAUCCCAAGCAAAGAAUAUAAUAUAUUGUUUGUGGGUAUGAAUGUAUGUGUAAUUUUAUUACUUCUCUUUCCCAAUGCCAAAAGUAUUCCCACAAACUUUGAGCAGAGAGAGAGAGAGAGAGAGAUGUUAAUUAUGAGAAUGACCUCAUGCUCAGGAAAACCUUCCACUUUUCUCGGAUUCUCAUGUUUUCCUUGAGCAACGCAAAGGGAAAUUCCAUGUCUCUAAUUCCCUAACAUACCUAAAGCAAAUUUUUUUCUGCUUCCACAUUCUCUCCUCUCUCUCUCUCUCUCUCUCUCUCUAUAUAUAUAUAUAUAUAUAUAUAUAUAUAUUUUUUUCUUUGAAAAGAAAAUGAAAAACAAGCUUUAACAAGUAGGGCUGUGUAAAGAUUACCAACCUUAAUUGUUUCCCAUCUUCAUUCUGUCGUGUUAUAUAGGCUGUCAUUUGCAACGACUGUUGCUUCUUGUUAACUUCUUUCAGGCCUUCUUCACCAACUAGCUCUGCCAUGCCAUGUCUUAAGCUAUUGUCUGCACACCCUUUUGCUGCCCAUCACUUUAUAAAAAAAAGGAACCGAGAAAAACCUUGAUUGGGUUCUGAAACAUGUUUAUUACUUGGAAGUAUAUGCUACAAAAAGAAGUUAGACAUCUAAAAGCUACUCGGUCAGAGAAAAAAAGGAAAAGAAAAGAAAGAGGGAAAGAGAAGAAAAGGAGGGAAACAAAUAUAGCAAUGAUUAAGCAUAGACAAGGCGAUAGAAUACUAGGGUUUGUUAUUGCAUUAGGACACUGUGUAAUGUGUGUGUAUGAAUACAGAUAGGUGGUUCAGGAAAUUUGUUCUUGGGAUAGUAGCUAAUGUAGAGUGAGGCUAAGAUUUUCUUUAUAUACAUAAGAAUCUGCCAUCAGUACCAUGUAUAUAUCUAAUGCAUAAUGCAUUUACUGAUUUGUGGGCAUAAUUGAAGUGGUCCCAAAACAGUCAGUCCAAUUACUAUAAUCUAUAAGCCCUUAUUUAAAAUCCAAUUAAAAACAUUACUUUU